AUGCCUGCAAAGCAUCUCAUCAAGCUUUACGAUGUCCGCUGCAACCUCGAUCCCCCGGCGUGGUCUCCCAACGUAUGGAAGACAAGAUUCGUUCUCAACUUCAAGAAAUUGCCAUAUACCACUCAGUGGUUGGCUUAUCCAGACAUAGGAGCCAUCCUGUCAGCCGCUGGCGUGCCACCGACACGAACGGAGAAGCCGUAUUAUACUGUUCCCGCCAUCGUAGAUGAGGUGGAAGGCAGGCACCCGGUCGCUCUCGCAGAUUCGUUAAAUAUCGCGACGUACCUCGAGAGGACGUAUCCACAGCCUACGAUCUUCCCUGGUGGCACUGAACGCGUCCAGAUGACGUAUAUCACAGCCAUCCACGAGCACGUAUUCAUGGCUAUGUUUUACAUGGUCAUCCCGACCACGACGCGUAUCCUCACAGGUCGCGACUUGGAUUACUACACCGCAAGCCGGAAGGGUUUCAUCGGGGUGGCACUCGAAGAAAUGUUCCCUCCGCACAAGCAAGAGGGAAUGUGGGCGAAAUUGCGGCAAGGAUUAGACCAGUUGUCGGCGCUCAUCGACUCCGUCAGAAUGGGUCACAGAAGCCGGUGGCUAUUCAGUCCAGUCGACACCCCAAGUUAUGCUGACUUUGACCUCGGUGCAAUCUUAAUCUGGUUUCAAAAGGCUGGCCCCGAAGGGGGUUGGGCGAGGAUCAGAGAUUUGAACGGGGGAAAGUGGAGACGGCAUAUGGACAAUUUACAGCCGUACAUGCAGGUGCUCUGA